GUUACAGCGCUGAAGAUAUUUUCCGUGUCGUGCGGGUUUUCAACGUCGCUGAUAGCAAGAAAACUGUGUCGGAAGAAGUUUCGUACAAGCAAAAUGAGCUAUUCUAUCACCCAAAUUAUUCCCCAAAACAAAAGGGCUUUUAAAGCUGUGAUGCCGGAGCGGCCUUAUGACUUCUUAUAUGAUCCCGUUUACACCGUGUCGUCAGAGGUGGACCACACCAAGGCCAAUUUUAAGGCUUAUGCAGCAAAUAAUCGAUUUAGAAAAGUACCUGAGUUUGGGCCUAUGUUCAGCAACCAGCCACGGUACACUCUCAAACUGGACCCAGCAGUGCCGCUGCCAUCCUAUUCCGAUUACCCCUGGCGAGGACAUGCUGAGCAGCGCAGAGAGACCCUGCAGCGUCUGGCUGGCGUCAGUCCAAACGCUGAGACGUGCCACGUGACUGGAGCCGAUUACUGGAAAUACUUCAAACGUCCUUUGAUGGCGUUUGAACAAAGGUUUCCACCAGAUGUGGUAUUUGAAUUUUCAGGGGAAGAUUUUGAAGCUAGUGACGAGGAGCAGCAGCCCGCCCAGCGCUCUGUGGGGGUUCAGACCGACUACAGAGAAAGCGAAACCCAGACUGACCCGUACAGCCCUGCGUACGUGCUGCAGCCCGAGACCACUCCCUCUGAGCUACUGCAGCUGGCAGCACUGACCUGGGGUCAUGGCUUGCCAGCAGGCCUCGCCGAGGUGGAGAUGAUUGAGCGGAUACGUGCAAAGCGACUCUGGGAGGCCAGCCUUCCUCCACCGCAUGACCGGAGCCAGCUCGACAAGAGGAGGCGCAUGAUGGAGGAGAUGGAGGCCAAGGAGUGGGCGUUCAGGGAGGGAGAAAUCCAAAAACUGCAGGAGGCUCGCCUUGCUGUGCUGGAGGAGCUGCUGAAGCAGAGAGAUGAAGCUCAGAAGGAUGCUAAACAUGACAGAUUAGCUCAAAUAUACUCCAAGCAUCUGAGAGACAGGGAGCACAAGCUCAAGAAAAGCAACAGUGACUACAUGAGGGCUGUUAGAAAACUGGAAGCCAAGCGAAAAAAUGUGGAGGGAAAACUACAGCGAAGGGACAUUGUUACCGAUUUCCUGACUCAAAAAGACAACUUCACCAAGCGCAAUACGAAGCAGUUCAAGAGCUACUACACAGACACGUAUGAAGGCUUGGAGGAGCUGGAGGCAGGACUAGAGGCGUCAUUCAAGCAAUGGAAGGAGCAAUACAAAGACAUCGGGGAUGUGAAAAGGUCGGCUGCACAGAGAGCUGUGGAGUCACUGAUGGAUUACAAGGCCUGCAGGGAGGAGGAGGGCAAAGACACGACAGAGAAGAAGGCUCUACGUUUUCUCACCAAAAAGAAGAAGCCUCUUCCUCCUCCUGUCACUCCAACAGUAGAAAGUCCCCCAGAGGAGGACGAGCAAAGCGAGCUUGCAGUAAUCUAUUUGCAGAAACUACUCAGAGGAAGAAGCAUCCAAUACCAGAUGUUCAAGGGCAAAGAAAACAACCUGGAGCUCAUCAGGGAACUGAGGAAAGUCCACGCUCUGCAAAGUGAGGAGCAGCAGGCACAGAAAGCUGACAAAGCGUUUAUAAUCACCCUGAAGAAAGAGAGGGAUCAGCAAAUGCAGCAGGCGUCGCAGGAGGAAGCACGUCAGGCCGCGGUGGUUGGCAGGGACCUGGCGCAGCUGUUCGACACCCUGUCCAAGGAUCUGCUUCUUCUGCAGGAGGAGCGCAGGAUCCACGCUUUCACGCUGCUGGCCGAGAGAGAGCGCCGUCGGCGGGAGGCAGAGGAGAGCGGGAGGCGUCAGGUGGAGGAGCCUAGACUCAGAGAAAGAGACGAGAUCUUCAGACAAAUAGUGCAGGUGCACCAGAAGAGCGUGGAUAUGUAUUUAGAGGACAUGAUUCUGGGACAAGUGGAUCCUGUGGCUGACGAGCACGCCAGAGAGGAGAUCACCAGGAAGGCAAAGCAGCUCAACGACGUCGCCUACGCCAUGGAGAAAAGCAAGGACAGCUGUCAGUCAGAGGAGAUUGUGGCAGAGAUGGUGUACAGCUUCCUUGUCCCCGAAGUUGAGAGGAUCCGAGUCAUGCAAGGAGUGCGCUUGAAGCAGCAGAGGCACUUGGAGGCAGCUCGGAGCAUCAUUCACGGGCCUGAAGCGCCUGCCGGCAUCCCUCAACCUGAAACCCCACAGGGUUCCUCCUCUGGUGUAAAAACCUCUGGUCAGGCUGAGGAGAAGAUGACGAGCCAAGAGGAGCAGGGAACACGAGCACAAACUUCACAUGUGCAGCUUUAAGGCCUGAUCCAGAACUUAUCUGUUUUAAAAAAGCUUUUGAGGAGUCAGUCUUAAAGCACCCAUUUAAUGUUUUUUUUUAGGAGACUACAGUCAUGGAAAAAAUUAUUAGACCGUCCUUGUUUUCUUCAAUUUCUUGGCUGCAGUCAAUAAUCCAGUGGAGCAUUACUUGAUCUAGAGUAGUUCCACAACCACAGUGUUUCAGGACAAACGUUAUUUUCCACCUAUAUAUA